AUGGCCCUGGCAAGAUCUGCGAGUGGACCCGGCGGCUUAAGUAUUAACACCAAUUCUGCCAACUCAUUAUUUGGUUCAAGUACAACACCUGCAUCAGGAGGGAUGUUUGGAAAUACAGCGGCUAGCAAGCCAGGUGGACUUUUUGGUGCAUCGACGGCGACGGCGACGACGACAUCAGCACCGCAGACGGGAGGAUUGUUUGGAUCGACAGCCACGGCAAGCCAACCGCAAGCAGGAGGACUGUUUGGAGCGAACACAGCAGCUUCCCAGCCUCAGACCGGAGGGUUAUUUGGGUCUACCUCUGCAAGCACGCAACCGCCGGCGUCAGGGCUAUUUGGUGCUGCGCAACCUCAGCAGAGUAGUGGACUAUUUGGAAAUACUGCUACAACACAACCUGCUCAGACUACUGGUCUUUUUGGUGCUUCUACUACCUCCUCUCAGCCCCAGCAACCUGGUGGACUCUUCGGCGCGGCACCAGCGCAACCGGCCCAAAAUGCUCUUGGAGGUGGAAUGUUUAGUGGAUUGAGCGGUCAGGGCCAGAACCAGGCCAAGCCAGCUACGUCCUUGUUUGGUGGUGGUCUAGGUAGUACGACUCAAAAUCAACAGCAACCCCAAACACAACAGACAAACUCUACGUUCCCAACAUUAAACCAAAAUCAAGGAGGUGGCAUGUUUGGAAGCACGUUAGGCAGUGGCCUGUCUUUGGGACAAAAUUCGACUCAACAACAGACUGUUCCUGGGGUCCGGAUUGAUGUUAGCCAACUCCGAGGUACAACACGAUUCAAUGACCUUCACGAUGACCUACAAAAGCAAAUCAAGCUCUUCGAUGAUGUUAUUCAACAACAAAUCCAGCUAAAGAAUGAUUGUGAUGCUAUAAUGCCCGCACACAACAACCAGCUUGCACAGGUCCCCCAUGAUGUUGAGUUCGUGAGGAGAAAACGUAUUGGUGUUGAGAAUGCACAGGACUCAGACGCACAGGCAAUUUCAAUCGUGCAGAAGCUCAUCAAGGUCGAUGCCGAGCACGCAAAGUUAAGCUUCAAAGCCAUUGACAACUUGAAGCUCCCUCCACAAUAUCACAACACUGGCGUCUGGUCAGGCAACCCUGCCGCGAAUGACAGCCGAGCCCAGGAGAAUGGCGAUGCAGAUGCCCAAGAUAUUGUCAGCUUCUUCAAUCAGACCGCUGAUGAGCUAGCCUCGACGCUCUCUACAUAUCAAAAACAUAUCUUUGAAAUCGAGCAGCAUCUUAGAUCGGUCGAGGCAAAUAGCGCUCAACAGAUCAACGCUUUGGUCGCGAAGAGAAAUGGUACUUCUACCGGCCAAGAGGACGCACGAUCGGAGCUGAUAGCAGUUCUGAACGAUUUCGAGCAAGGCAUGAUAGCCGUUGCUUCGAAGGUGGGUGGGGCUCGUGAGAGUUUACAGAGCUUGCAACUUGACGGGUUUGGGGAGAGCCGCAAUGGACAAAGAAACGGACGAAGAAACGGACUGUAUUGA